AUGAAUAAUUUAACUGUUGAAUCUGAAAUUGAGUUAAAACAAGAUCUUAAGAAACUUUCAUUAGAAGAGCUUCGUAAAUUGAAAGAGAAAAUUGGAAAUGAAGUUUACCAAAAUGCUACUACUAAAAAACCAAAAUUAGGUUUUUAUACUAAACCGAUUAAACGAGAAAACAAAAACAGACCAUCUGAAAUAUCAUCUAAAAUUGACCCUUCUUUGAAUCUUGUCAAAAAACAUAAAUCUAAUAUUAAAACCAAAGUUGAAGAAACUAAAAGCAUUGAUCCUAGAUUUGAUUCUCUAUAUGGUGAAUUUGAUAAACGUGUUUUUGAACGAAAUUACAAAUUUUUAAAUGAUAUCAGAGAAAAAGAAAAGAAAAAGCUACAGAAAAAGUUGAAACAGAAGAGUCAUGAUGAAAAAAAUAAGCAGGUUAAAUUAUUAUUACAAAGAAUAGAAAAUCAAGAUAGAGAAAAACAAAAAAUGGAAGCUCAAGAAAAAUUAAAAUUGGAACAGAGACAAAAGAGAUUGGAUGUUAUUAAAGAUGGUAAAAAACCUCAAUUUUUAAGAAAACGAGAAUCAAAAAUAUUGCAAUUGGUUGGACAAUAUGAAGAUUUAAAAUCACAAGGAAAACUCACCAAGCAUAUUAAACAGAAGAGGAUUCGAAUUAUUGGGAAUGAAAAGAAAACAAUGUUCAACAAUUCAAUGGAAUAA